UUGCACUCGUUUAUUUUGCGAUCUCUGCGCAAAAUAAACUCGUACAAUAAAUAAGCGAAAACAACGUAUGUGAAGUUCUGUAUAUUUAUAGGUCAUAUAGUGUUUUUAACUAUAUAAGUUAACAUUGUGGCCUGUAGAAUUAUAUUUGGUGUAAUACAACCUUAAUAUGUAGCGUAAAAACCAGUCUAUCAAACUGUAGCAAGGGAGGCUACUAGUACUAGUCUAGUAUUAUUCGCAAUUUCGGAACGCGUUGAAUUAAGUUGGAAGAAUAUCCUAGCUUUAAGAAGAUGCUGACUUCAUUAUCUAGGAGGAACUUGUUUCUUUUGACGUUUUGUUUCAACCUUGGUGUUUGUUUAGGUGUAUCUUUGAAUAUUACUGGAUCUUCUCAUUCAGUGCUUGGUCAGUCGUUUACAUUCACCUGCAUCGUCACAGAUGCAGCUAAUCUUAAUGAUGGAGUGGAUUUUCAUAGAACUGCAUACUCUAUUCCAUUAGGUGGCCUUGACCAGGCCAUGGCUACAUGUUCAGUGUUUAUUAUUCCACCAGAUGGGUACACUGUGGCAUGUGGAAGUGGAACAAACAGUACCUUGGCUACCACUAAAAUCUAUACCCUUGUGAUUAACAGUGCCGCACGCAGUGAUGAUAGCACGUGGUGGUGUCAACUGACGGCAGAGAAAACAAGAAGCAAUACUUUCAGACUGCCUGUCUAUUAUGGCCCAGUUGAAGGCAGAGUUAAAUUCAAUUCUACUACAAGUGUCGAAGGACAAGACCUGACUGUGGACUGCACUGCUGACUGUAACCCGCCAUGUGACUACUCCUGGACACUGGGUGAUAAUAAAAUCACAACAAGUCCUCUGUUAAAUCUGACAGACAUCAGCAGCAAUCAGGACGGGAAUGUCUACAACUGUACAGUGACCAACUCUGCUAUACCUAAAACUAUAAGUGAGCUGUUUAUACUGAAGGUGGAUUAUGAUCCAGAACGCAUGUCUGCCUUAAGUGCAGGUGCGAUAUCGGGAAUUGUGAUCGCUGUUGUUCUGGCUCUUUUUGUUCCUACUGUGUGGAUACUUUAUAAGAGGAAAAUAAAGAAGAAAGCUGAAGAUGUACAGAACGAAUCAAAUAACUAACAGAAACCAAACUAGUAACCGAAUACGGAAUACAGAAACAUGCUAACGCUAGAACUCCACAGUUUAAUUUUUUUAGAGAUUGUGUUACCUUUGAGUAUUCGAGUGGUUUUUUUUUUUUUUUUUUUUUUUUUUUAAUAAUAGUAUAGCUCAAAUUAGUUUCCUCUCGAAGACUAUAUAUCAAAAUUACUAAAUGUUUAACGUGAUUAAUAAAUCAAUGUACUCUAGUGGUGUCAUUAAGCAAAACAAACUAACGGUUUCAUCUGGUAUUUUACUACAAUUUGGCAAAACAUUAUACCUACUUUAUCUCAAGGUUAAAUAUGAACUUAAAGGGGCUGUCCAGAGUUUGCCGUCAUUGUAACGUUUCUGAUUAACUUACGCAUAUCCAAAUGCAUUUAUUCAGCUUUAAGGUUGCGAGUUCACGGUACAUCUCUCUUGCUCAUACACAAAAAUGCAUAAAGUCGGGUUUACCUAAUAAUUAUAGGAAUGACGUGUUCAUACUAUAUAUCAAUGUGAACACACAUACCACUAAUAUAUUACAGCGAACAGUACUUCUAGUUUCACAAGUAGGAAACUUGCGAUACGUUUAAAUUGUCAUAUUUUAUAAAAAAAUAGCAUACAUUCUAAAUACGCACUAAAAUGGAAAUAUUUCAUUAUCUAUAUCAAUAUCCAUUACCUAUAUCAAUGGUUUUCUUACUGUAUAUAUGUCACGGUUACGUGUGUUCAUUAGACAAACUUUAGAUGGUUUACAUUUUUAUUGUUGCAUUGUGUGGUCUUAGUCCAGGAGCCAUGGGUUCAUUUUAUUUUUAAAAAAUACCCUUUCAUCCAACUUGAUGUAAAACCUUUUCUGCAUUUAUUUUUGCAUAUCCCAUUAAGUGCAAAUAUUUUACAGAAGUGGUUUGUUAAUGUGAUCAGGAAGUGGAUAAUAUUCAUAAAAUGGUAUCGAAAUGGACUGUAUGGUACCUACCUUAUAGAUAAACGUUCUCACAAACAAUGAGUAAAAGGAAUGGAGUAAUAUCGACAUUAAAAAAAAAAAAAAAAAAAAAAAAAAAUCCCACACCAUCAUAUGAUUAUUAUCCGGCAAAUAUAGGUUCCCCCGAAAAUCAGCCAAUCGCUCCUGGACUAGCUACGGAAUUUUAUCUUUCAUUGUUUCUUUAACUAAAUAGUGUUCAUAUCUUUUUGUGUACAUAUUUUUAAAUACAUGUAGUUAUAGUUGUAUAGUUAUAUACAGUUAUAUAGUUACACAUUUCAGAAAAGUUAGGGGAAUAAAAGCCAAUUAAAGAAGUAUCAAGAGGAAUCACUGUCUAGGAAUAGAUGGAUGAUAAUAAUGAAGGAAUUGGGAAGAAAUGACAACCAACAGUUCAUGGUGACAGCAGAUUGAGUGGCUGGAAACGGCCUUGAAACAAGAUAUGGGAUGACAUGUGAAAAUUGAAUGUUUGCGUCUUUUUGGUCAAUCGGUAGUGUAGUGGGUAUGCCAUCGUACUGGGUUCUUAUCUUACCAGAGGCAGUGGGGGAUUUUGUUUAUGCCAGUACCGGCUCCAACCCAGAGUGAGUGCACCGCUUGGCUCAGUGGUAGUAUGAGGUCACAUACACCGAGUUUCAACCACUUCAUGGCUGCGAUUAUGAGUGUGUCUCCCGAGUGUAUGACCUCAAAUGGGGGAUGAUUGCCCGGCAUGCACUGCAGGUUGGGGGUUCCCCGGUCUCGGGUGAUACAAAGAUAGCUCAACUGACAGCAAGCGUGCGUGGAGCACCGACCUGUCAAGUAGCCCCAUGUAUGUAAGGGGGCGAGACGUAACCCAGUAGUAAAACGUUCGCUUGAUGCGCGGUCGGUCUGGGAUCAAUCCCUGUCGGUGGGCCCAUUGGGCUAUUUCUCUGGUAUAUCAAAGCCCGUGGUAUGCGCUAU